AUGGACCCCAAUAAUCCCAAUAAUCGCCUUAAUCUCAACUUCGGCUUCAAUGACCGUCCGUACACCGCCUCCAACCCUCGGGCCUACCCAACCACCCCAUCGACUUUCCCACAACCAAUGUAUCCAAACCAAGGCGGUCACGACUAUGUCGAUGGCCAGAAUGCGCAGAGUGCGUACAAUCAAGGAUAUUUUGUGAACAACCCGUAUGCCCAGCAGGCCCCUCAUCCGCAGCAGUACAUGCACGCGAAUGUCGCCUCGCCUCAGCCCGGAUAUCAGAGCCGCAUUGGUGGAUAUCAGCAGAAUGAUGGAACAAAUGGACUCAUCCAGCAGUUUUCGAACCAAGAUCUCGGCGGUUCCCCCCGUGGAGGGGGUGCUGGUCGUGGCCCCGCGCCCUCCCAGCGUCCUCGCACUGCAGGCUCGCCUGCUGGCAACCAAGGAGCCGGACAUUUGGCACCACCGAUGUCUAAUCGCAGCCCCAAGCCGGCUGGUGAGGAAGAAGAGCUGGUUAGAUGCCCGGAAAAAUACUCUGAGAACGUCCAUAAGAGAGGAAAAGCGGCCAAGGAGUUGGUCAAUGUCUUCUUCCGUGAGAACAUCGAGCGCGCACGUGAUCGAAAUCUCCGUGCUGUCAACCUCGACAAGACCUUGCAGAAUAAUACGCUUUCGGAUGCCCGAAAACGACAUGAGGCAGACACUGUGGCUAAGAAAGAAUCCAACUUUUUGCGAUUCAUUCGCACUAGGGAGACUGUUUCUAACUUCCAGACCCUCAAAAUUAUCGGCAAGGGUGCUUUCGGCGAGGUGAAACUUGUUCAGCGCAAGACAGAUGGGAAGAUUUACGCUUUGAAAUCUCUGAUCAAAUCCGAAAUGUUUAAGAAAGACCAACUUGCACACGUCCGGGCUGAACGUGACAUCCUUGCUGACUCCAAGGACAAUCCUUGGCUUGUGAAGCUGCAUGCAUCAUUCCAAGACAAAGCCUAUCUUUACCUACUCAUGGAAUUCUUGCCUGGUGGUGACUUGAUGACGAUGUUGAUUAAAUAUGAAAUCUUCUCCGAAGAUAUUACUCGAUUCUACAUGGCAGAGUUGGUGAUGGCUAUCGAAGCCGUUCAUAAACUUGGCUUCCUUCACCGAGAUAUCAAGCCAGAUAACAUCCUCCUUGACCGCGGUGGCCACAUCAAACUUACAGAUUUUGGUUUAUCCACUGGCGGAAAGAAACAGCACGAUAACUCAUAUUAUCAACAACUUCUGAAAAACACUUCUACGUCGAAGGAUAAGAAUCGCAAUUCGGGAUUCUUCAACGACGCUAUAAAUCUGACGGUCUCCAAUCGUGGCCAAAUUAAUACCUGGAGAAAGUCUCGUCGUGCCAUGGCUUACUCAACGGUGGGAACACCUGACUACAUUGCCCCUGAGAUUUUCAAUGGACAGGGCUACACAUAUCUGUGUGACUGGUGGUCCGUUGGCGCUAUUAUGUUUGAGUGUCUUGUUGGAUGGCCGCCGUUCUGUGCCGAAGAGGCGACAGAUACCUAUCGAAAGAUCGUCAACUGGAGAGAGUACCUUUACUUCCCCGAAGAGUUAACUCUUUCCCGCGACUCUGAACACCUCAUUCGAAGCUUCCUCUGUGACCCCGAACACCGUAUUGGCCAGGAAGGAGGCCAGCAUGGCGGCGCUAUGCAGAUUAAGAACCAUCCAUUCUUCCGUGGAGUCGUCUGGGAUCAACUUCGCAAGAUUCGCGCUCCGUUCGAACCUAGACUUACUUCUAACAUUGACGUUUCUUACUUCCCCAUCGACGAGAUUCCUCAGGAGGACAACAGUGCUCAGCUACGUGCUCAAGCUCGUGCUAUGCCGGAAGAACAGGAAGCUGAGAUGAGUCUUCCGUUCAUUGGGUACACCUACAAGGCUUUCAAUGCCUUCCAAGCUAGUUAAGUUAUCUUCCAAGAGAUGGUGUUGUCCGAACUACAUCACACCCGAAUGGCACAUCUUCACUUUGGAAAAUAAUUCUUCAAACUAUCGAGUCUCUUACC